AUGGCAAGCGUCCUGCAAACGUUCGGGAACGCGGCCCCUCUACCCCCAGCCCCCUCCCCUACGCGGCGGGGACUGUCAUCCAUCAUUUGGGGCAGCGAGACGGAACCUCACCGAGGAAAGGACUCUAUCCGUCUCGGUCAGUUUUUCAUUGUUAUUGGAAAGCACAGCAGGUGCUUAUAUAAUUAUCGGGGCCGGGCCGCGAACCUCUGCUGGGGUCCGAGUUGGGCCAGUUGUGCACGGAGAGCCUCUGAGCAGUUCUGCCUCUCCGAGAGACAGCUGGUGUGGGCAGCCUGCGCUGGGCUGGGCUGCUGCUGUUGCAGGCACCAGGCAGAGGAGCUGCGAAGCAAGAUUGUGGACCAGUGUGAGAGGCUACAGUUACAGAAAUCUGCCAUCACCAAGUAUGUGGUGGAGGUCCUGCAAGGGAAGAGUCAGAAAGCAGUGGGUCUUUUCCAGGAUCUGACUCCUCGUUUUAUCCCUUGCCAAAGCAUGGCUAGUACAACGAGGGAACUGGUUAUCCAGAGGCUGAGUCUGGUGAGGAGCCUGUGUGAGAGUGAGAAACAGUGAUUACUGGAGCAGGUGCACGGUGAAGAGGAGCGGGCCCACCAGAGCAUCCUGACUCAGCAGGCACAUUGGACUGAGGCACUGAAGAAGCUGGACACCCUCCGUACCAGCCUGGUUGGCAUGCUUACCCAUGUGGAUGACCUCCAGCUGAUUAAGGAGCAGGAGAUUUUUGAGAGGGCUGAGGAAGCAGAGGGCAUUUUAGAUCCCCUGGAGUCGGACAAAUUAAGCUUUAACGAGAAGUGUGCUCGGAGCCCACUACUGACUCAGCUCUGGGCAACAUCGGUUCUCGGGUCUCUCUCAGGCGUGGAGGAGGUGUAUAUCAAGGAAAGGACUGUCAGCCCCUUAUUGCAAUUAUCUGAAGAUCGAUGGACCCUGACCUUCAAUGCCAAGAAGUCCAAGGCCUGCUCAGAUGACCCAGAGCGCUGUGGCCACUGGCCCAAUGCCCUGGCUGCCACCACCUUCCAGGCUGGACUCCAUGCCUGGAUAGUCAAUGUUCAGCACAGUUGUGCUUAUAAAGUGAGCGUGGCCUCAGCCCAGCUGCCCCGAAAGGGUUCUGGUAGUGAUUGCCGCCUGGGCCAUAAUGCCUUCUCCUGAGUCUUCUCCUGCUAUGAUCAAGAAUUCUGUUUCUCACACAAUGGGCAGCACGAGCCUCUGGCACUGCUUCAGUGCCCAGCACAACUGGGCAUGCUGCUGGACCUCCAAGCAGGAGAGCUGCUCUUCUGUGAGCCUGCCUCGGGGACAGUCCUUCACAUCCUCCGUUCAUCCUUCCCUCGGCUGCCGCUGUCCCCAGUCUUUGUCAUGGCUGACCAGGUCACCUCCACUGUCCACUGA